GUUACUUCUACUUUCCUCUGCCUUACAAAGCCUGGCACAUCGAGGCAGCUGGUCAGUCCACAGUAGCUGCCACUCCUUGCCAGCCUGGUCCUCCAGCUAAUGGGCCAUAGCCUUUGAAGGCAUGAGUGGAGAUCUCCCUGAGGCCAAUGAGGAGUGGCGCUGGUCUUCCCAGCCACCCUUGUCUCUCCCCAAGGAGAGCUGUGAAGGCAAGAUGCCAGAGACAUCCUCGGAGGAGCUGUCUCCUAAUCCUGACCGGAAAGCUGAGACUUCCCCACCUCCAGAAAUGGAUCCCAAAGACAACUCGAAGGGCAAGGGCAAAGGGGACUCUGGUGCCAAAGGUGGGCAGCAAGGCUCUGUUCCCAAGUGGUACAAGAUGAAAGGUGAGGAUCUCCAAGGCAACUGGAGUGAUCUGGCGAAGAUUGAACAGAAGGUGGAUACUCUGCUAGAGAAGAUGGAUCUGUAUAACAAGGAGGGUGGACCCCCGCCACAGGCUGCUGAGGAGGCGAAGAAGAUCCCACAGCCGCCGCAGCCCCAGCCACCCCAGCCACAGCAGCCGCAGCAGCCCCCUCCAGUGCCGCCACUGCCAACCCGGCAGGAGCAGGCGCUGCCCCAGCAGCAGCACCACGGUGGCAAAGGCCAGAAGAAGUUCAAGGGGUAUAUUAAGGGGGCUCCCACUGAGGUUGGUGGAGGAGGCAGUGGUGGUGGUGGUGCUGUGGGAAAGUUUGCUUAGAGGGGUGGAGCCUGGACCAGAGGGAUGCUGCAGAUCAAGGCCUGGAGGACCUGCGGGGGUGGUUCCAGGAAGAGGCAGUGGCAGCAGCAGCUGCAGGGGCCCCCUCCCCAUGACAUCUGGGCCCUUGUGCUAGAGCCAGCCUCACCUGGUCCCCUCCCCUGGUAUCCUCCAGCACAGUUGUCCCCAAUCUUAAUCGCUCCAGGCUCCCUAAUUCAGCUCUUUCUAGCAAGUGGCCGCCCCUGCCACUCCCCAAAGCAUUCCUUGGAGGCCCCCCAGUAAAGCAUCUGCUAUUUUGCUCCUUAGCUCUCAUAACUUUUCUCUGCAGAUUUGACAAUAAAAACAUUCUCUUGCUUC